AUGUAUCCUCAAGAAUCCACCCCCGAAGGACAACCCAAUGCCCCUCCAGAAGCCCCUGGACCCAGGAUGUCGAUUCAAUGGCAAAGCCAAAAUGCCCUCACUGAUGUCUUGGUGAACUACCUAACCACUCACCCCUCUGAUUAUAGGAUCUUGUUCUAUUCCAAUGGGAAGAAAAAGAUGUCUCCCAUUGAUGAUGGCCCCUCUGGCAGGGACAAAGGCAAUAUCCAUGGCAUCAUUGCCCACCUCAUUUUUGCUGAUCACAUUAAGUAUGGCCCUGCAUACCAUCACAACCAGAAGAAAUUUUGUGAUUCAGUCACCAACUGCAUCUCAGGACUCAGAACAAGAUACAAGAAGAACAAGAGCCAAUUUACCGCCACAGGCGCUGGCAUUGUGCCACUUGAUGGGGCAUCUGCACAAAAUCUACUAGAGAAGGAUGGAGCGGACAGGGAAACAGGGGGUCGGACCAAUAGUAGGGAUGUCUAUGAAUGGUGUUGGGAGUGGCUGAAUUGGGUAUAUGACAAAAAAGUUUGUGUGGACCUUCCAUGGUACUCAGAUCUGGAUGUGAUCUGGCACAGCAAUCCCUCCAUGGCAGAGAAGAUGCACUCAUCUAAGCCAGGCAUUGAUCAUGCAGGUGCCCUGUAUUCACUUGUUCAACCACAUGGUGGGGCUGGUCUCUCCACACACUUUGUCAUUACUCCCCCAUAUCCCCCCAACACUCAGCCCUCCCCCAAUGCAUAUCCACUGCCCAGCACACACUUGCCCCCCAGUGCUUAUCUACCCCUCAACGCACAUCUGCCCCCCACCACAUAUCCUCCAACUGCAUAUCCUCCCAAUGCAUACUGCCCCUAUACUGGCAAUCCCCUAAUUGAUCCACAGCUUCUCCAACCUCCUACUCCCUCUGGUACCUCUCCUGUUCACCUUCCCAGCAUUAAUAAUUCCCCUGACAUCACUAUUCAUGAUGAUUUUGGACCUGCCAAUGAUAAUGACUUGCAUCCAGAGAGUGCUGGUGUCAUAUACCUGAUCCGACCGCUCCAAUAUUGA